GUCACUCACUCCUAUAACUGUAGGACCUACUUUCUCUCUAUUUAUACACACCUGUGUUCUCCACUUUACUUCAUUCAUUCAUAAAUAUAUUUAUUCCCCCUUUUGCAGUAACUACUCAAAGGGAACUCUACUUCACUCUUAAAUGGCUUUUCCUCUUAUCCUUCUACUUUGUCUGUCUCUCUUAGUGUUGUGCCCUAGUGGUUAUAGCCAGCGUUCUCCUUCGCCGGGAUACUACCCCAGUUUUCGAGUACCAACUUCCACUUUUGAUCGUGAAUUUCAGACUCUAUGGGGCUCUCAACACCAACGUAGAGAGCAAGACGUUAUCACUCUUUGGCUCGACAAAUCUUCUGGGAGUGGAUUCAAGUCUAUUCGUCCGUACAGUUCAGGCUACUUUGGUGCAUCCAUUAAGCUUCAACCAGGCUACACAGCUGGAGUUGAUACAUCCCUCUAUCUCUCAAACAACCAAGAGCAUCCCGGAGACCAUGACGAGGUCGAUAUCGAGUUUCUAGGGACAACGCCAGGGAAACCUUAUAGCCUUCAGACAAAUGUAUUCGUUAGAGGAAGUGGUGACCGAAAUGUCAUUGGGAGAGAAAUGAAAUUUAACCUGUGGUUCGACCCUACUCAAGAUUUCCAUCACUACGCAAUUUUGUGGAACGCUAAUCAAAUUGUAUUUUACGUGGAUGAUGUACCAAUACGUACGUAUGAUAGAAAGAGUGAAGCCAUCUUCCCUACAAGACCGAUGUGGGUGUACGGAUCGAUAUGGGAUGCAUCAGACUGGGCCACGGAAAACGGUAGGAUCAAAGCCGACUACAGAUAUCAACCAUUUGUGGCUAAAUACAAAAACUUUAAGCUGGCUGGGUGCGUAGCAGGCGGAUCUACAUCAUGUAGACCGCCAUCGGCCGCACCUAUGGGGAACCGAGGGUUGAGCCGGCAACAAAUGGGGGCGAUGGCAUGGGCACAGAGGAACUUUUUGGUCUAUAACUAUUGCCAUGACCCUAAAAGAGACCACACCCAAACACCAGAAUGUUAAAAACAAAGAAACAAAAGAAAAGGUUUUUUUUAAUAUUUUUGCGUUGCAUUAUCAAAUUAUACAUUAAGUUAAUAAUGGGAGGUCUUGAGACGAGCCCACACUGGAAACUAGAGUGCAGCAGUUGAGCGUCCGGUCCUCCCUAUGAUUUGAGAUUUAAAAGAAAUGUUUUUUCAUAUAUAAUAUUGUUUUGUUCCAAUUUGUGAUUUUCUAAUAAUUGUGGCUAUACUUUGAAAUAUAUAGUAUUGUAUUGUUGUGUGACGUAAAGAAAGAAAAAGUGGUUAAUCGUGGCUUGAAUUAUUUGUUGUUUUUAUAUAUUAAUAAGUGCAUCUGCCAUUGACAUAAUUAGGAGACUAA